UCCGGCUCACACCCUCCUUCCUCCCACCGCUCCUCGGGAACAUCCAGCAUCCAACGUCCGUCCGUCCGUCCGUCCCGGCUGCGGAGCCCCGCCGCGCUCGGAUCCACGCGGAACGCGGACCCACCCGCGGGUCGGAACCGCUCUACUCGGAGCGCAGCGAUGGGGUUCCCCCGCUGGAAGCGUUUCUGCGUGAUGCUCCUCGCAGCCUUCACCUCGUCCCUUCUGCUCUACGGCCACUACUACGCUACGGUGGAGCUGCGCAGCGGCCCGAGGGUCGUGGCCAGCCUGCUGCAGCCAGAGCCGCUGCUCCUGGUCCCUCCAGACACCUCACACCCAGACCACAGCCAGCAGCGGGACCUUGGAGAGACUGUGAAGAGCAGGGAGUUCUUCUCCCAACUGACCUCAGAGCUGGAGAAGGCCAAACCCAGCGGAAAGCAGCUCACCCUGUGCCCCCGCUCGGUGGUGGCCACGGCGAAGGCAGACCCCACGUUUGGGGAGCUCUUCCAAUUUGACAUCCCGGUGCUGAUGUGGGACCGACACUUCAACCCCGAGACGUGGGACAGGCUGAAGGAGCGACGCGUCCCAUACGGCUGGCAGGGCUUGUCUCACGCAGCUGUCGGCAGCGCCCUGCGUCUCCUUAACGCCUCCGCCAACACGCAGCUCUUCGACCGCGACCGCUUCCCCGGGGCCUGCGUCCGCUGCGCCGUGGUGGGCAACGGGGGAAUCCUCAACGGCUCGCGGCAGGGCCGGGCCAUUGACGCGCACGACCUGGUCUUCAGGCUCAACGGGGCCAUCAUCAAAGGCUUUGAGGAAGACGUCGGGACGAAGAUCUCGUUCUAUGGCUUCACGGUGAACACCAUGAAGAACUCGCUCAUUGCCUACGAGGAGUACGGCUUCACCCAGAUACCCCAGGGCAAGGACCUGAAGUACAUCUUCAUCCCCUCGGACGCGCGCGACUACGUCAUGCUGAGCUCGGCCAUUCAGGGCAGCCCGGUCCCCGAGGGCUUGGACAAGGGUGACGAGCCGUGGAAGUAUUUUGGACUGGAGGCAUCCGCGGAGAAGUUCAAGCUGCUGCAUCCUGAUUUCUUGCAUUACCUGACAGCCAGGUUCCUGAGGUCGGAGCUCCUGGACAUGCAGUACGGCCACCUCUACAUGCCCAGCACUGGGGCGCUCAUGCUGCUGACGGCGCUGCACACCUGCGACCAGGUCAGCGCCUACGGGUUCAUCACGGCCAACUACGAGCAGUUCUCCGACCAUUACUACGAGCCGGAGAAGAAGCCGCUGGUGUUCUACGCCAACCACGACAUGCUGCUGGAGGCAGAGCUGUGGAGGAGCUUGCACCGGGCGGGGAUCAUGGAGCUGUACCAGCGGUGAGGGCAGCGCGGUCCCGCUGCAAGGACCCUCGAUGCAGCACGGAAGCGGUUCUCCUCUUUCCUGAAGGCCUCCUCCUGCCCCCGGAGGGCUCCGCCAAACCCGCAGGCCAGGCUGAGGAGCAGGGCCAGGAGCUGACAGCAGAGCAAAGGCGGUGGUGCAGGGCGAGCCGAGGCUGGCAGGGAAAUGCCGCGACUCCUCAGGGCCCUCCAGCAGCUCGCUUGUGGCUCUGCGAGACUGAGCGUGGCCUUGGGGCACCGAGGGGCACCUCUGCACCUGGCUGUGACCUCCUGGUGCCAUGAGAACGUCUGUGGGGCGGCAGCAGCCCCUGGGAAGCACGGCAUUCAUCUGCAGGGGGUCAAGGUGGUGCUGGAAGGGGAUGCUGGAGAAGCACACAUCUGACAGACCUCGCUGCUUGGAACUUCCUGGAGAUUUACAGCCUGUCCUGGGUGUGAAGCCGCGCCAGGUGGGCUGCAGAACCUGCAGGGCAAAGCUACCAACAGGAAGAAAAGGAAUCCCAAAGGGAGGUGGUCUUGAACCCUCCAGCCAUCCCGUGUAAUCCAGCGCUGCUGCAGUGGCGUGGUGGAGGCUCCUCCAGCUCGCGGUGCUUGGAGGGCUGACACCACGCAGCGGAGGGAGUGGUGUGAUCUGAAACUUUCCCAUUUUGUAUAAUUAGAGGAACAUUGAGUCAUUA